AUGAAUUUGCCAUUAUCAAUGGUUAAUGUCGACUCAAUGGCACCAAGUCCUGAAUAUUCUGACUCUUUAAAUACAGCAGCACCACUGGAUUUAGAUCGUUUUUAUGAUUUAUGUAACUGUGAAACUAAGAUACGGUCUACUAAGAAUGUUUCUAUUGAUCCAAGUCCACGUUAUUUUGGAGAACAUGAUAAAAUGACCGGUGAAAAAAGUCCAAUACUAACUUCAAUGACUUCUCCUCGUGGAUUUGAUGGUAAAAUUAUUAGUGAUAAAUAUAUUGACGAACCACUAAUAGAUCACAAAAGCUGUAGCAGGAGAAUGAAAGAUCUAACUCUUUCAGAAAAUUCAUGUUUCAAUCAAAUUCAAGAUGUAAAAGGAAAUUAUGUACGAAGAAUUGCUAGUAGUGAUAGUAUUCCUUAUGCUCUUUCUAAACGAGAAAAUUAUACGAGAGACUAUCAAACUAUUGAUGAAACUUGCUGUGUUAGACGUGUUAAUAGCCCUGAUGUCAGACAAUUGCGGUAUAUUCAAUCAGCGAAAGGAGCUUGGUCUUAUAAUUUAUAA